AUGAUUAAUCAUUUUGUCUCUGCACACCGAAACCUACGGUCAAGUAGAUGGGAUCCACUUUCUUUCUUUCUUUCUUUCUUCGGAGUUUUUCUUUACUUUUCCUCUUCACUGUUUUCUCUAUAUUUGUUUUUCUUACUUUUUUUACUUUCUUUUUACGGAGCCUUUCUAUACUUUUCCUCUUCACUGUUUUCUCUCUACAUGCUUUUAUUUCUUUCAUUCUUUCUUUCUUUUUUUCUUUCUUUCUUUCUUUCUUAUUCGUUUAAUUUGCACUUUUUCUUAAAUUUUCUUCAUUUAUGCUUUCGAUUUUCCUUCUUUCUUUUUUCCUCCUUUUUCUUUCUCUUGUCCGUUUUUCGUAUGAUUAAAUUGUACAUUUUCUUCUUUUCUUUUUUCUUUCUUUCUUUUCUCUCUUUCGUUUCCUUCGGCUUUUUUCUUCGCUGUUCUCUGUUUUUUCAUUAUUUGCUUUUUUUAUUUCAUUGUUUUUUCUUUCUUUCUUUUCUAUUCUUUUCCUUGUUUCUUCUUUUUCUCUUUAUUAAUCAUUUUACUUUCUUUUUUCUUCUUUAUCCGUUUUCUGUCUUCUUUCUUUUCCCUUAUCUCUUGUUCUUUUUCUCUUUCUUUGUUUUGAUUUCUUUUCUUUUCCGUCAACCAAUUCUAUUGAGUUAA